UGAAGCCCCCGCCCAUUUUCAAAUUCAAGUUCUUCCGUCUUCGAACUCUGGACUUGAACCGCAGUAGCCCCCGAUUACUGCGAUGAAUGCACCAAGACGAACAGUCCUUUUCGAGGUUUGAAUUACUUGCAAAUGCUUCCCAUCUUGCGGAUUGUUUCCAGGCCUGACCGAGUUUCAAGUCUUGUAGCUCGCGGUAGUCUUGCAACCAAUGUGCGUGUAUUGGAAGGAAUUUGGCUCGUCGCUCAAGACCAAUAGAGAGAACACAGUAUUUGUGAAAAUAUGAAUGUGAGUUCAAUCCCAACGGUUUGAAGGGACAACAAUUCUAUCAAAGCAGAAACGUAGUUGAAAGGAGAAAUUAUGGAGAAGAUUUGUGUGGCCAUUCGGUUGAGACCGCCUACGAAACAGAAUGUAGUUCGAGGUCAUCACUGGAAAGUGUCGGACAACUCAAUAUCGUUGCUCAGUGCAGCUGGCUCAGUCGUAUCCGGUCAUACCUUCGCUUUUGAUACAAUUUUUGGAGCAGACGCCAAGAAUAUCAACAUCUACGAGCAGCAUGCGAAGGAUGUUGUACUAUCUGCUGUUGCUGGGUUUAACGGCACAGUUUUUGCUUAUGGGCAAACCAGUAGUGGAAAAACAUACACCAUGCGUGGCUCAGAAUCUGAGCCAGGAAUUACUCGCCUAGCCGUGAAUGAAAUUUUUCGUCAUAUCCAAAAGGCGUCGGACAGGGAGUACCUCAUCCGUGUCUCUUACAUGGAAAUCUAUAAUGAAGAAAUCAACGAUCUUUUGACUCCAGACAGUCGUAAGCUGCAAGUUCACGAGAACCUGGAGAAGGGCGUUUUCGUAGCAGGCUUGAGAGAGGAAAUCGUUGACAGUGUUGAACAAGUGCUUGGACUGCUGGAGGCUGGAGAAGUUCAACGUCAUUUCGGAGAAACCAACAUGAACAUCAACAGUAGUCGUUCUCAUAGCAUAUUCCGUAUGGUGAUUGAAAGCAGAAGCAAGUGUCAUGGUGGACAGGGAUCUGAUGAUGUGGAUGCCGUUCGUGUAUCUGAACUGAACUUGGUGGAUCUCGCCGGUUCAGAAAGAAUCGCGAAGACCGGAGCAGGAGGUGUCCGCUUGAAGGAGGGAGGACACAUCAAUAAGAGUUUAAUGUGUCUUGGAAACGUCAUCAACAAGCUUUGUGAGGGUGGUGCAAAGCAAGGAGCUCACAUACCGUACCGGGACAGUAAGCUUACUCGAAUCCUUCAAACUGCGCUAGGGGGUAAUGCUCGCACUGCCAUUAUCUGUACAAUGACUCCUGAUGAGGAACAAAUAGAUGAAAGUCGAGGUACCUUGCAAUUUGCUAGUAGGGCAAAGCGAGUAACAAAUUGUGCCCAAGUGAAUGAGACUUUAACAGAUGCAGCACUUUUAAAACGGCAGAAAAAGGAGAUUGAAGAGCUUCUCCUAAAGUUGCAGGGGCAAGGAUCUAAACCUUCGGAGGAAUUGGAGAAGGAGAUAAAGCACCUACGAAAUGACUUGCUGAAGAUUGAAUUGGAAAGAGAAAAGCUGGAGCUUGAGCUGCAAGAAGAGAAAAAGGCUUUGAAUGAUAAACUAAAAGAACAAGAGAGGAAGAUUGAGAAUCUCAGCACCAUGGUCAUCAGCUCAGCCACUGAUGACUUCGGCCAACUUUCUCAGAAGGGAAGCAGAAGGGAAACAUGGUGUCCACGUCAAGUAACGUCUGACCCAGAUAUUCAGAGAAUGAAGAAAACGGCGAAAGAGUUUGAAGCACCAUCAAACUUUCUUGGAAGCACUGUUCCCGUGUCCCUUCGAAGGAGCCACAACCUUGGACUUCCGCCUGCGUUUGGAAGUUUGAUUGAAGAUGAGGAAGAUUUUUGGAAGAGUCCAGAUGUGCUCGAUAAGCCACCAACACCAGCGGACUUCGAAAAUGUAGCAGAUGAAGAUACUUGGGCAUCUUUAAAUGGUGGUCACAUGAAUAGUGAUCUCUUCAAUGAUCGUUUUGACCGUAGGGCCAUUUCCUCGUCAGCUAGCGAAGAUUCAAGGUGUAUCCUGCUUGAGCAUCAGCUUAGGGAGCUCCAAGCUCAGCAUGAACAGUUACAGACAUCCUUCAACAAGAAAGAACUCGAGCAUCAACAACAGCUUGAGACGGCUAUUGAGGAUACUCGCAAAUUCAAGGAUCAAGUUGAUCUUCUAUCCCAAGAGAACGCCAAUCUUGAGGAAGCUUUGGCUCUGACGGAAACACAAAUGCUCCCACCAGUCGCUCAGCUGUCACCCCCAGUUGUGACCGAAGACUAUUAUGUCAAGAAAUUGGAAGAGUUGGUACACGAGAUGGAGGUAGAACAGACAAAUAGCAAGCAAGAAAAAGUGCGGUUACAGGAGGAGGUCGAGUGUCUCCAAGACCAACUUCAAAGUGCGAACACUACCCUGCAACAAGAGCUGCGGCUUCGCACAGAGUUGGAACAGGAGGUUUUGUUGCUAAGAGAGAAGUUGAACUCUCCAAACAUACACAUGCAAUCUUCAAUUCAUGAGUGCGGUUUUGCGAAAAACCUUCACAGCGAUGAAGGUUUUAGAACUACCGAUGAAAUAUCUCUAUCUCGAAAGCAUGAAACAGGAGAACUGGAAGAGCUUCGUUCCCUUGAAAGUUCCGACAAGGAAGAAGCUUAUUAUGAAGAAGUUAAAACACUCGCUCCUCGUUGCAGCUCCAUCUCGGAUAUGCAGCUAGAUAUUGUGGGGAUUGAGGACAGGAAAUCAGAAAUUUGGAUGGAGCAGAUUACUGGAAUCGCAGCCCCGACAAAAUUAAUCAAGGCUGAGAGACUUUUGCUGGCAAAUGAGCUCCAAAAUUACAUCGGUGCCCUCGCGAAGCAGGAUGCGGCCAUCUCGGCAAUUUGCAUGGAGAUGAAGGAGUUCGAAGUAGACAUCAUGAACAGGAGUAGACCUAUCUGCUGACUCACAACCUGCACAUGAACCCAAUUUCAUGGCGACCCCAAUGUACAGUAGUCAACCAUCCUUAAAAACUAUUGUAAGUUAAAUGUGAAAGGUACAGGUCUGCAUUGCGGCACGAUAAUGCCGCGACAGAUAGCCGUCCGUAAUCCAGUUACUCCUAAAGUGGCCCCGAUCGCUCCUUUGCAGGAGGGCACAUUGACCAUCUCGGUUACCAAUGCCUUUUCAUGAACUUGUAAUUUAUUAUAAAUCUGGCCUAGAAAUGCCUGAGAACUGUGAUUUUCAUAGAAUGCUAACCACACUCUUGCGUGGUGAAUACCAAGACGCCACGGAACUUGAGUCUUCCAUGUGAUGCCCUCUCAGUUUUAGGUUGUUUUAGUCCACCUAGAACAACGUCAAGUUAUUCAGAACGCUUUUAAAUGUAUCCAUUUGUCUUGUGGAAGCAUUACCAAACGUCUCGCCAUUUGGUACACUUUCUCUUCGCACGCA